AUGAUCAACGUCAUCGUCUCCCUCGUCGGCUACUACUGCGCCUCCCUCCUCAUCGACCACAAGCUCUACGGCCGCAAGAUGAUGCAGCAGGUCGGCUUCCUCAUGUGCUUCGUCAUGUUCGUCAUCCCCGCUUUCCACUACCACUACUACACCCAGCCCAUGAACAUCCACGCCUUCCAGGCCAUGUACUUCCUCAGCAGCUUCUUCAACCAGUUCGGCCCCAACAGCGUCACCUUCCUCGUCGCCGGCGAGGUCUUCCCCACCCCGAUCCGCGCCACCGCCCACGGUAUCUCCGCCUGCAUCGGCAAGGCCGGCGCCCUCCUCGCCAGCGUCCUCUACAACUACAUCGACACCCAGACCAAAUUCUACGUCGUUCCCUGGUUCGGCCUCCUCGGCAUGGUCCUCACCUUCUUCUUCCUCCCCGACACCACCGGCCUCGACCUCAAGGAGCAGGAGCGCCGCUGGGUCUGCAUCCGCGACGGCCGCGAGUCCGAGUACCACGGCGUCGCCGUCCACCCCACCCACCUCAGCUGGUGGGAGCGCUUCCGCGGCGUCCACAAGACCUACGACCCCGCCCAGGACAUGAAGGACAAGAUUGAGGAUAUCCGCCGCGAGUGGGAGGUCAAGGAGCAGGAAAAGGCCGAGCUCGAGGUCAACGGCAACCCCGCCGCCCUCUCCGACCUCGACGACGACGACGUGUUUACCGAUCGCGACGACGAAAAGGCUAAGAAGGGUGGGCCUGCUAGCGGAGGCAUCUUUUCUUCCAACAAUGUGAAUGAAAAGACGGGCGACGUCCAUAACGAAUCGGGAAAUGAGACUGUCAACGGCAGCGAUAGCAGUGCCAAGUCGUAA